AUAUAACAAUAUAUUUNUCUCACACCGCCAUCACCAGAUUUUUCUUGCAGUUCAUCAAUGGCGCUGUGCCCUUUACCCUUCCUCGCGCAGCCAUUUUUUACCUCUCCCCAUCUCCCAAGAUCCGACAGACUAAUAUCUACUCGACUGUAAGAUUGGAUCAUCGCCUGUCAACUGUAAUGAUAAUCUUUCAGCUGUUAGACUCGAAACUACAAAGAUGAUUCUUGAGCCCCUUAAGCUAAUUAAGCAGGCUGAUGCUCGUCUGAAUUUGACGCAAGGUGUUCUUGAAGGGGUGGUGGGUGAAGAGCUUGGUGUACUCCCUGGUAUGGAUUCUAUAUUUUCUGCUUUAGAGCUCGAAAAACUUAUAGGAUUCUUGGGUAUUUCAUCCCAGGGGAAAAGCGCCAAAUACGACAUAGUUGUGUAUGAUGGUAUAAGUACUCAAGAAACGAUCCGUAUGAUUGGUGCAACCAGUAAAGCAAGAUUAUACUUGAAAUAUAUGAGGAGUCUUGCUGAAAAGACGGAUCUAGGGAGGAUUGCAGGCCCCUCUCUCUUGAGAUUAGUGGAUGAUGCGUUGAGUCUAAGUGGAAAGGGUACCAAUCUGAAUGGGAAAAUGAGUUCAGAAAUUUGGGACUAUUUCGAACAAACAUUAGAUAAAGGAUCUUCCAUCUUUGCCGAACCCCAUAAAUUCGGAUGCUACAUCAUAAUGGACCCCGAAAAUCCCAUGUCGCUUAAUUCCGCCUUACGGUUUUGGGGUUGUGCUAUUCAAGCUGGUGCACGAGUAUCCGGUGCAUUUGGUCUAGCUACACCAGAUUCUCAUUCUCCUGUGUCAUUACACGAAAAAAUGAAGAUCAACUUUUCACCUCUGCCUUGUGCUUUUGUUCCACAUCUUGAACUUGGUAUCAAAAAGCAUUGGAAUGAGAUCAUGAAGUCUAAUAAUAGCAAAGAUGCUCGAGACCUACUUUCUGGAAUUAAUGACACUAGCCUCCUCCCAUCUUCGGUGAAAUUCGACUCGUCUGAUAAAUCCGUGAAGCUAUUCAUGCCGGGUUUCGACAAGUCAGAAAUCAAGCUCUACCAAUUUAGAGGCGGGUCUGAGUUGCUAGUUGAAGCAGGCGAUCAGAGGCGUGUAAUUCGAUUGCCUUCUCAAAUUCAGGGGAAGGUUGGUGGUGCCAAGUUUGUAGAUAGGAGUCUUGUAAUCACAAUGAGAUAAUUGAUAUUUUUCUAUCUUUCAUGUUUUAAUUUGGUCCCAAUUCCCAAUUCAUAUAUAUUCAAUAAGAUCACAUUUUUAAUCCCAAAUGACUGCCAAACUUAUAAAUGGGAAUAUGUAUUAUGUGAAUGUUAAGCAAAUGCUUUUAGUCACACUAAAUUGAUUUACUUCUUUUAUUCCAACUGUCUUUCAAUUUCAUUAGAUGAUGGUACACAUUAUCGUGUCUCUUGGCCUCCUUUACUAUUUCCAGUAAUCAUCCAAAG